CGUGAACGACCUGCCAUCCUGGUCGACGUCGACGACCUACCUACAAUAGAACAGUACUUAUUACACACACACCACACUUCGCCAUCACAUGGGCAGUGUCAUCUCCUUCUGGAUGCACCAUUCCCUCCCUUCCCGCUCGUUAUUCUCUGUGACGCCAUCUCUGCUCAGCAUACCAAGUAUUGCAACACCAAACGCUCCAUCCCAACACUUGCUCGACACUGGAACCGUUGCGCCCACCUCCAUCGUCCGAGGUGCCAACGCUCGGCUAUCGAACCCAAUCCCUCGGCGACAUUACAUCACGGUUCCUGUCCUGCCUGCCUGUCUGUCUGUCCCGUCCCGUCAGUGCGCCUGCGAGUGAGCUUGCUAUACAUUGCGACCUCCCCUCUCCCCUCCCUUCCGUGUUCCCCCCCCCAGUCGCGCAGUCAAAGCUAGAUGGAAGCUUAGUCCGUGGUGCAGUAACUACCAACUUUACACGUGCUGCAUGUUCCAUUUCUCUGCCCGUGCCUGCGCCGUCUGAUUGCAAGUGCGAGCAAAGGGUUCCUGGUCUGUUUGCCGGAACUCGGGCACUGAGAAAAGCGCAAAGCGACCGUUGGGAUUUCUGCUGCUAGCUAGCUCUGCCUUCGUGCUUGCUUGCUUUGAUUUCCCAUUGCCACCGCCGUCAUUUGGUCGCCGCCGCCGCCUCGACUUUCAAACAUUCGUGCUUGCUUGCUUCAUUGUUGGCUCAGAUGCUACUUCGUUGACGCCACCACCCUGUAACCAACCACCAGCCUGUCAAUCUCCUCCCGCCCAUCAGAGUCGACCUCAGCGCCACGCCCACAACGGGCUUCUCUGUGCUGCUUGGAGCAUGUUCGCCCACUGCAAAACCCCCGUUUGGGGUCGGGACGACUUCUCUCCUUGCUUCGAACUGGACUAUCUCCAAACAUUAUUUCCCCUCAUCGUAUGCGGAACUUCCCUCCUCUAUCUUACUCUCCAACUCCUCCACUUAGUCAAGUCCACAAAGUACUACCACGCCUACUCCGUCCUCCAAGACCCGCUCAAUGUCUGGUCAAUACAGAGCCCCCAAUAUGACGGCGACGACACCGAGUCUGAUGACGAGUUGGCUCACAACGAAGAGGUGGCGCUGCACCAGAGCAUCACUCGCCGGUCCAGGUCUAUCAUGGCUGUGGAUAGACCACGCGGCGAAUUUACCGUCGUGGUUCUCGAAGAAACGGCCGUUAUUGCCAUGCUAGCUGUACACUUAGCCAUCUACCUGACUGGAACUUGGGGCCAUCGAGGCAGGAUCGCUGCCAUUGCGAAUAUCGCCGUCUGGACCUACAUAGCUACCCUCACAUCUCUGCGUCUACUAUUUUCUGGCACCAGCAAGUGGUCUUUCCCAAAACUAUGGUACCAUACCGCUUUCAUCUAUGGCUUCCUCUGGUGUUUUCAGAUUCUUCUCUUGCGCACCUCCAUCAUACAUCCGCGGUCCGAUCUACACCAGAAACUUGCCAUUGCUGCCUUCGUACUCAACUCCGUUCUUUUGGUAAUCGCAUUGGGCUCUAGGAAGGGCAACAAAGCUGUCGAACUGGAAUAUGAAGGCGAGAUUGAGCCCGCCCGGGAGCCAGUCGCUAGCGUUUUCUCUCUCGCAACCUUCUCGUGGGUGGAUCCCAUUGUGUGGAAAGGCUACCAGAAAACAUACGAACUUUCUGAUGUAUGGAACUUGGCGCCCAAUGAUAAAUCAGCCGCUGUCCUUGCCAACUAUCGUCAAGUGAAAAAGACUUCCGCAUUGGCUUUCCAUCUUCUCAAGCAUUUCAAGAGGGGCCUGCUUCUUCAGGCUGCUUGGGCAGCCAUGUCCGGUGUUUUAACUUUUGCUCCGACCAUGCUCUUGAAAGCCAUUCUAGAAUACGUGGAAAGACCCGAUUUCACGCCUCGAAACGCGGCAUGGUUUUACGUUAUACUCCUAUUCGUUUCCGGAUGCUUGUCGGCACUCGCUGACGGUCAGGCCUUGUGGAUUGGUCGGAAGAUCUGCAUUCGCCUUCGCGCAGUCAUUAUAGGUGAAAUUUAUGCAAAGGCACUGAAGAGGAGGGCUGCCGCUGGUGCUGAUAAAGUCCUGGGCGAAGAGAAGAAGAAGCCGCAAAACGAGCAGCGGCCAGGUCCAAUGAAACGGAUGAUGACGUUUGGCCGCAAAAAGAAGAAGGCAGUGGAAGAUCCAAAGGAAGAAGUGCAAAAGGCCGAGUCUGAAUCACAGGUCACCACGGGCGCAAUUAUAAAUUUGAUGGCAGUAGACGCUUUCAAAGUCAGCGAAAUCAGCGCAUACCUUCAUUUCCUCUGGGCAAACACUCCUGUGCAGGUAUUGCUGGCCGUGGUUCUGCUAUAUCAGAUUCUCGGCUACAGUUCGGUUGCUGGCAUUGGAAUGAUGAUCUUCCUCCUUCCCAUCAACCUGUAUGUGUCGAAGCAGUUUGCCAAGAUCCAGAAAUUGAUCCUCGCGGCUACUGAUGCCCGGAUCCAUUCAACAAACGAGGUCCUCACUAACAUCCGCAUCAUCAAAUACUUUGCUUGGGAGCAGCGCUUCAUUGGUAUUGUCAACGACAAACGGUAUACUGAAUUGAAACACCUUAGGCAGCGAUACAUUCUUUGGGCGAUAGCAGCGACCAUCUGGUCUGGUUCUCCAGUCCUCAUCACCUUUCUCUCAUUUUUUGUAUACACCAACGUCGAAAAGAAGGAUCUCAUUCCUUCUGUCGCCUUCACCGCUCUCUCUCUGUUCCAAAUCCUAAGGAUUCCUCUGGAUCAACUUGCAGAUAUGGUCGCGCAUGUUCAGGAAUCCAAGGUUUCCGUUGACCGUAUCGAAGAAUACUUGAGCGAACCCGAGACCGACAAGUACGUACAACUCGUCACCCACAAGAAAGAUGAAGAUGGCCAGCCCGUUAUCGGAUUUGAGCAAGGUAUUUUCAGCUGGGGCGGUAAAGACAUGACCGACAAGACGUCUGCUGAUGCCUUCAAACUCAUGGAUCUCAAUCUCCGCUUUAAAGUAGGGGGUCUGAAUGUGGUGGUGGGCCCUACAGGAUCUGGAAAAACCUCAUUGCUCAUGGCACUGCUAGGAGAGAUGACGAAGCUGAAAGGAGAUGUUUACUUACCGGGAGGAACUAGCCGGGAAGAUUUGAAGCCCGAUCCUGAGACCCAGCUCACCGAGAGUGUGGCCUAUUGCGCCCAACAAGCUUGGCUUGUGAACGGUACCGUCAAGGACAACAUUACGUUCGCCAGCAAAUGGGAUGCGAAACGAUACAAGGAUGUCAUCGCAGCAUGCUCACUGCGAAGGGAUCUUGAAAUUCUCGACGCAGGUGAUCAGACUAUCGUUGGCGAGAAGGGUGUGACGCUUUCUGGAGGCCAAAAACAGCGUAUAUCGCUUGCUCGCGCAUUGUACAGCAAAGCUCGCCACGUACUUCUCGACGAUGUGCUCAGCGCGGUCGACUCUCACACCGCCAAAUGGAUUUUCGAUCAAGCUUUGAUGGGACCUCUCAUGUCGAAUCGCACCUGUAUCUUGGUCACCCACAACGUCAGCCUGUGUCUACCCCAGGCUCAAUUCGCUGUCGUCGUUGAGAACGGACGGGUGAUGACGCAAGGCACUGCGAGCGAGGUCAUCAGUUCCGGGAAAUUAUCUGAAGAUUUGUCCAAGUCCCGACCUGCGUCUGCUGGUGCUUCUAGGGUGCCGUCACGCGGACCGUCAGAUGCUGGUGACGGGGAUGCAGAUGGUGAAAACCCGGCAAGUAACACAAUGGACGAGACCAAAGCUGAAGGCGGUGUCAAGUUUAGCAUCAUUCUUAUGUACCUGCGAGCUAUGGGUCCUUGGUACUACUGGAUUGGGGCAGCUAUCUGCUUUGCUGCACAACAGGUCUCCUCCGUUUCUACCAAUGUCUGGAUUCGAACUUGGGCCAAUGCGUACGCCGAUAGGAACGUUCAGUACAUGGGUGUUAACAACCGAUCCCCUGUCACCCAUGCCCCAACAAUCAACGGGCUCGGCACUUGUAUGAAGAGUGGAACAUGCAGCUGGAACCUUCCAUUUUUUGAGCAACAACAAGCUCAACGUGAUUACCAUUAUGGCGCUCAGACCACAUUUUCCACGUCAAAGUCUGAUGUCGAUUCGGGUUAUUUCCUGGGUGUCUAUGCGGUUCUAGGAGUUGUCUUCAUGUUCAUCACAUUUCUCCGCGAGGGCUUCCUAUUCGGCGGUUCGCUUGCAGCCUCAAGACGGAUACAUGAGCGACUCAUUCAAAAGGUCACCCAUGCUAAAUUCCGGUUCUUCGAUCAAACUCCUCUGGGUCAGCUUAUGAAUCGUUUUUCAAAAGACAUCGAGGCUGUUGAUCAAGAGGUUGCCCCAGUAGCGAUCGGCGUUGUACAUUGCCUUGCAUCCAUCGUCACAAUUGUAAUACUUAUUUCGGUCAUUACACCCGGCUUUCUCAUUGCUGGCUUCUUCAUUACCAUACUUUACGCAUUGAUUGGACGAUUCUACAUCAAUUCAUCCCGGGAUUUGAAACGUCUGGAAUCAGUCCACAGGAGUCCCUUGUACCAGCAAUUCGGCGAAACACUUUCGGGUAUGACUACCAUCCGAGCUUAUGGUGACGAGAGGAGAUUUAUCCGCGAGAAUCUUACCAAGAUUAAUACUCAACACCGUCCCUUCAUCUACCUGUGGGCCGCUAACAGGUGGCUUGCUUUCCGUGUGGAUGCUGUCGGUGCGCUGGUAUCAUUCUUCGCAGGCGUGUUUGUCGUGCGUUCAGUAGGAUAUAUCGAUGCUGGCGCAGCUGGUCUAGCACUUACGUACGCCGUGACAUUCACUGAGAACGUCUUGUGGUUUGUCCGCUUGUACUCUGCAAAUGAACAGAACAUGAACUCUGUGGAGCGAGUCAAAGAAUACUUGGAUGUCGAUCAAGAAGCCGCACCAGUCAUUUCCGAAAACCGACCACCGUCGAACUGGCCAAGUCAUGGAUCCGUGGAAUUUAUUGGGUACUCUACUCGAUACAGGCCAGACUUCGACCAGGUAUUGAAGAAUAUCACUUUCAAAAUCCUACCUGGGGAGAAAGUUGGCGUGGUUGGUCGAACAGGUGCUGGCAAGAGUUCGCUUGCUCUGGCGCUUUUCCGUGCUUUAGAAGCUGAAAAUGGCAAGAUCCUUGUCGAUGACAUUGAUGUAGGCUUGAUUGGCCUGCAAGACUUGCGUGAGAACAUUGUUAUGGUUCCCCAAGACCCAACACUGUUCACGGGGACAAUUCGCAGCAACCUGGAUCCUUUCGGGCUUUUCACGGACGAGGAAAUAUUCACAGCAUUACGCGAAGUGCAUCUAGUUACCUCCGUAUCCGCUGCUACAUCAGGAACCGCGACCCCGGCAGGACCUAGCUCACCACGAGCAGUCGAAAUCCCGAAUCCCACAUCUAACGCUGUAGUUAUGGAUCUUGCAGGUAGCUAUCAACCAUCGACUACAAACCCACGCUCAAUUCUUGCCGACCGAACUCCAGAAGCUGUGCUUGACAUGCCAGAUGCUAGUGCAGCCGGCACGGAUGAGCAAGCAGCGCUGCACGCCGACAACAAGAACCCGUUCCGCAAUCUCAGCUCCCCCGUUUCGGAAUCCGGAUCCAAUCUGUCCCAAGGUCAACGCCAACUCCUCUGUCUUGCUCGCGCACUCCUCAAACACCCCAAAGUCCUCCUCAUGGACGAGGCUACCGCUUCCAUCGAUUAUGCUACGGAUGCCAAGAUUCAGGAGACGAUCCGCGAAAUCAAAAAUACGACAAUCACCAUUGCCCAUCGCUUACAAACUAUCAUCGACUACGACAAAGUGCUCGUCUUGGAUCAGGGCGAGGUCAUUGAAUUUGGUGAUCCUUUCGACCUUGUCAGCAAGGACGGAGGUAGCUUCAGGGGCAUGUGCGAGAUGAGCGGGGAAUUAGAUGCGCUCGUCGUCGAAGCGAAGAAGGCGCACGAUGCGAGAAAACAGUAG